CCGAAGAACAAGCGGCACUGAACGGAGCCAAAUGUGCCCCCCUUUGCGAAAGCCUCUUUUAACUAACUCCGAGCAAAGUCGGCGGCGCUGUUUACAGUUGGAAGCGUUUGCCUACUUCAUGUGGGUGGGGGUGAACCGAGACGAUGUGGAUGGAACCUGACCCUAAUAUUUCAUUUUAUGAGCAAGUGAAACGGCACCUUUAAGCCUCAAGGGAUAGAUGCGCCUUUUUGCACGACUGGAUUGUUGUGAAGAAAUUCGCAAGUCCAAACUGGUGGAGAGUGGAAUUUCUGAGCUCCGAGUUUCGAUGGAUUACGUUCAGCGGCCGGCUUCGCAUAGGUUGGAUAUCGGAACGGUCAACUUCAUCACGCCGGAACAAGGGCUGAGUGGUCAGUCACGCAUCAUUUGCACACGUAAAGAUUCCUUUGUUCCGACAAGUAAGAAUUUGAAGACAUUACCUGCUCGACGCGUUGGACUGUGAUGUCUUUUUGUGCGUGAUGUCAGCGACAAGUGGUGCCAGGUUAAGAGGUCCAGUGCCUCUGCAACACAGCAGCAAAGGAAGCCAAUGAUCGGCCACCAUGCCAGCGAGGGCGAUACGAUGUCUUCAAGCCAUCGCAGUGCGAUGGCUGCUGCUGUCGGCGACGGGCCGGGGCCUUCCGUCGGCGCCCGCUUUUGUCCUUUAUCCCAGCUUCGUACGCAACGACACGGAAUUUGAGCACUUGGCCUUGCACCCCGACCCCGAGGUGGGCGGAGUUUACGUGGGCGCUCGCGACCACUUAUUUCAGCUGGACAAAUCCCUGCAGCUGGAAGUGGAGGAUCCCACCGGGCCGGUCAAAGACAGCAGAGAAUGCUUGCCUCCCGUCACGGAGAGCAACUGCCCUCAAGCCAGGCUCACCAGUAACCACAACAAGCUCUUGGUGAUCGACCCCUAUUCCAUGGAGCUCAUCACCUGCGGCAGCGUCAACCAAGGCAUUUGCCAGAAACGAAGUCUGCGCUCCGUCGACCGGGUGCUCUUCUCCGCCGAGACGCCGGUGGACACCCAGUACGUAGCGGCCAAUCACCCCGACGUCAGCACCGUGGGCCUGGUGGUCCGCUCCCAUCCGCAAAGACGGCCCGUUCUCUUUGUCGGGCGUGGCUACACCAGCAGCCAGCCGCCCAUCGCCACGCGCAACUUGGAGCAAGAGCCCAUUUUUUCUUACGAGGAAACGGCCAAGUUGGCCGUGGCCGGCCGCCUCUCUGAAUACGAUCAUCAUUUCGUGGCCUCCUUUGCCCACCGCCAUCACGUCUACUUCCUCUUCUACAGGCGAGAUCUGAAAUCCAAAUCGCGCGAGUACCGCACUUUUGUCUCUCGUGUGUGUUUGGACGAUCAAGCCUAUUAUUCCUACGUGGAGGUCCCCUUGACGUGCCGUUCCCGGGCGGGCAAGAAUUACAAUCUCCUUCAAGCCGUCCGGCUGGGCUUCUCCAAGGACGUCACGGCGGCCCCAGGCUCCGAGAUCCUUCUCGGUGUUUUUUCCACCCGCUCGCCUUCGUCCAACGGACCCGGCGAAGACUCCGCCCUGUGCGUCUUCGGCCUGGAAGACGUGGACCGCAGGAUUAACGCCACCAGAGACCUGUGUUACACAAAGAUGGGCAGAGAGUCUGGCGUGGAGACGGCCUACAUCGAAUACGAAGUCAAAUCCAACUGCGUCAACCUUCUGGAGAACACUCUGGAACGGUACCCUUGCGGCUCUGAUCACACGCCCAGUCCCAUGGCUAGUCGCAUCGCCGUGGAAGCCCAAACCAUUUUGGACAGCCCCUCCGCUCGCCUCACGGCCGUCGCGGUGAGCGUGAGGGCGGGACAUACCAUUGCCUUCUUGGGAGACUCCAAGGGGAACCUGCACAAGGUGUUCCUCGGGCCAAACGGCGAGGUGGAGGAAUACGCCGUAAGCCCCGUUGAGCAGAACGCGGCCAUCGGGUCUGAUCUUUUCCUGGAUCAAGAGGAGCGCCAUCUGUUCAUCGUGACCCCUAACAUGGUGCAAAAGAGGCCCGUGGCCGAAUGCGCGCGGCACCCCGACUGCCGCUCCUGCCUGCGGGCUCACGAUCCCUACUGCGGCUGGUGUGUCCUCCAGGGAAGAUGCCUUUUGCAGUCCGAGUGUCGGCGCGGCAAGCGGCCCGGCCCGUGGCUUUGGAGCUUUGAUAUGGAGCAGCAGUGUCUGGCUGUCCAAGAACUCAAGCCCUCAAAUAUCAGCAGGGGGGAAAGCAGGACGGUGUCUUUGGCGAUCGCGGGGCUUCCGCUGUUGGAACAGGGCGAAUCGUACUGGUGUUACUUGGCCGGACUGCGCAGCCCGGCCAGCGUUACUGCCGGCGGGGUCUCCUGUCAUUCUCCGCACCCCGGCCAAGUGCCGGCGGUGCCUCCUGGACAGGAUUUUCUCACCGUCCCCUUGUCUGUUCGUUUCGGCGACGUGACGGUGGCCGAGCGGGAUUUCACCUUUUACGACUGCGCGGCCGUCAAGCAGCUUUCGGGGAGUAUGCUUUGCCGUGGUUGCGUCCUGAGUCGAUGGGCUUGUAAUUGGUGCGUUCACCAGCACACGUGUACCCACAAGCCCACCUGCGACCGAGGCGCCAUCAUCUAUAACCAACACUUUCAACUACCCACCUCCGCUCCUCCCACGAGCAAAACCAUCAAAGUUUUCCCCAGCGCCAGCCCCAGCACCAGCGCCAGCCCCAGCCCCAGCGCCAGCCCCAGCGCCAGCACGACAGCCAGCCGACCGACAACUGUCACAGUCGCGCCCUCAACGGCGGCAACAACUACGGCCGCAACUUCUACGGCUCCUCAUGCUGCAGCGAGCACUCGGGCGCCAAGCGCCUCACCCGCCGUUGCUCCUCAGAUGAGCGUCCCGUACACCAGCCCUCCCCCCUCCAGUAGCGAAGCCGCACCUAUCACCUUUCGGCCCCCGGACCCUACGACCGGGAAGGAGGAAUCUCUCGACGCGGCCGAGAUGACGUUCGUCACCCAAAGAGACUCGGAGCGUCGUGCCCAAGCCACGACAAAUUCACCAUUAGUACAGCCCAUAAUGCCUCUGCUCGUCCCACCGCCCCCCGGUGAUGACGAUGAGGUGGUGACAGAGUCGCCCUCCACGGACACCCAGGAACCCGGGGGAACACUGACAUCAUCCGGCUUCCCUCCGUCUACACCCUCUCCUAUGGGAAAAGCCACAAAGUGGUCCGAGUCUUCCAGCUCACCGGAUCCGACGCAGGCGCCGACCUCGGCACCGCCCCCAGACUCCGAAAGCGAGCCCGAGGAGGCCCGAGAUGACGGCACGGUCCCGGCAGAAAAGGACACGGCCACGUUUUCAGCCACUGCCGUGCUUUCGGGCGAUGGCGAAGUUGAGCGCGCGUCCCCCCCGCUUUAUUCCCACUUGCUGGAUACCCAAAUGGACUACCAGUAUGAUCCUGCUGACGGCUUCCUCCCGGGGGAUGAAGAAUCUUAUGUAAGCUGGGGUUCUUCGGCUUGCCCGUGCGUGGAGAAGGUCCAGGGCUCAUCCUUGCUCCCUGUCAGAGUGGAGAGGAAAAUCACCUUACUGGCCCGCAACCUGCAUCUGUAUCAGGAUGGAGAGCUGGACUACCAGUGCGUGUUGGUCAUUGAGGGCCAAACGGUGGUGGUGGACGCCUACGUGGAGACCGAUGACAUCAAUCCGUCCAACUUUGACAUCACCUGCCAGCUGCACCAGUACACGUAUUCUGCUCCCGUGGAGGAAUAUCAAGCCACGGUGUACGUGAAGAGGAGGGACACGUUCCACGUGGACAGCUCCCCCGAUCUUUACGUGACUUUGUACGACUGCUCGGUGGGCCGCGCCGACUGCAGUCGCUGCCGCACGGCCGAGAGCAAGUACGCUUGCGUGUGGUGCGGAGAGGCGCAGGCCAGUUGUUUGUAUUCGGGUUUGUGCGUCCAACCCGUCCAGCAGACGUGCCCUGCUCCCGUCAUUCUUUCGAUUGAACCGCUUUCCGGCUUGCUGGAAGGCGGCACUCUGGUAACCAUCACCGGCUCCAACCUGGGCCAAAAAGCAGAGGACGUCCUGGGUUCCGUGUCGGUGGCCGGCGUCCCCUGCGUGGUUAUACCCGCUCUCUACCAAGUCUCUUCCAGGAUUGUAUGCACAACCAAAGCCAGCCAAGGAGAGAAGGUGGGCCACGUGUCUGUUGAAGUGAGCGGCGGAGACUUUGGCUUGUCCAAACAAAUGUUCAGCUUUCAGGAUCCAUUUGUGAUGGGAGUGUGGCCCGAAAGAGGGCCCGAGGCCGGCGGAACCACGCUGAGCAUCAGCGGGCGAAACCUUUUGACGGGACAUCCUUCCGACCUGGCUGUCACUGUGGGGGGAGUGCCCUGCCCUGUGGUGUCCGAGGUGGAGAGCUCCGGUCUUCGCUGCGUGACGGGUCGCAGCAACAAGACUGGAAACCAUCGGGUCACUCUGCAUUACGGCGGCAGCAGUCAACGCCACUUCCACGCUCGGCCUUACCGCUACACGCACAACCCCAAUAUCACCCACGCCGAGCCAGCCAAGAGCUUCCUGAGCGGCGGUCGACUGAUCUACGUGUCGGGCCACAACCUGGACGUGGUGCAAGAGCCCCGGAUGCUCGUCACCGUGUCUCCUAGCCAGAAAAGGCGCCGGAGCAGCGGUUCGCUUUGUUCCCAAGAUCUCCCCUGCUCCGUCAAACAGUUUGCAGAACGUUGCACAGUCAAUUCCUCCUCCCUGAUCCUGUGUCGAUCCCCGACGCUGGAGCCGUCCGUUUGGGGCUGGAGCGCGGUCACCGUGGAGUUCCUUCUGGACAACCUGCGCUUUGACGUCAGGGCGGUGAACGCGCGAGCCUUUAGCUACGAGCCCGACCCUGUCCUGCGCCCCUUGAACCAGCAGGACCCUCUCAAGGCGUAUCGCUACAACCCCGGCAGCUUCAUCCAGCUCGAGGGAGAAAAUCUGGACCUGGCCAUCAGCAAAGAAGAGGUGGUGGUGUUAAUCGGGGAGGGCGUGUGCGCCGUUAAGACGCUGACCCGAAACCAUCUGUACUGCGAACCGCCGCCUCGUCAGCCCGCCUCGGCCAAUAACGGCGGCAAGAAAAGCGAGGCUUCCGACAACCUGCCCCAGUUCACCGUCCAAAUGGGCAACUUAAACUUCUCCCUGGGCAAGGUUCAGUACGACACUCUAAGCCCGCCCACCUUUCCCCUGGAGGCUCAGAUCGGAGUGGGAGUCGGGGCGUCCGUCGUAGCGCUCGUUGUCCUCAUCAUUGUACUCGUGUACAGGAGAAAGAGCAAGCAGGCUUUAAGAGACUACAAAAAGGUUCAAAUCCAACUUGAAAACCUCGAAACCAGUGUGAGGGACCGCUGCAAAAAGGAGUUCACAGACCUGAUGACGGAGAUGAUGGACAUGUCAAGCGACCUGGUGGGCUCGGGCAUCCCUUUCCUGGAUUACCGGAUGUACGCAGAACGCAUUUUCUUCCCCGGCCACCGGGAGUCCCCGCUGAGGCGAGACCUGGACGUUCAGGAGUGUCGUCGGCAGACGGUGGAGCGCGGUCUGAUCAAACUAUCCAACCUUCUCAACAGUAAACUCUUCCUGACCAAGUUCAUUCAUACCCUGGAAAGCCAGCGGACCUUUUCCCCCCGAGAUCGCGCCUAUGUGGCCUCUUUACUUACGGUGGCGCUGCACGGCAAGCUGGAAUAUUUUACCGAUAUCCUCAAAACCCUGUUGAAUGACCUCGUGGAGCAAUACGUGGCCAAGAACCCCAAACUGAUGCUGCGGAGAACUGAGACAGUGGUGGAGAAGCUGCUGACCAACUGGAUGUCCAUCUGUCUCUAUGCUUUCCUCCGAGACUCUGCAGGGGAGUGUCUUUACAUGCUUUUCAGGGCAAUCAAGCACCAGGUGGACAAAGGGCCGGUGGACGCCGUCACAGGCAAGGCCAAAUACACGCUCAACGACAACCGCUUGCUGCGAGAAGACGUGGAGUACAAGACGUUGACGCUUAAUGUGCUGGUGCAAAGCGGAGGAGUCAACGAGUGCCAGCCGGUCCCCUCCAAAGUGCUGGACUGCGAUACCAUCACGCAGGUCAAAGAGAAGCUACUGGAUCAGGUGUACAAAGGCACCUCCUUCUCUUACCGACCGCAUACGGACUCAUUGGACCUGGAGUGGAGGUCCGGUGUUGCCGGUCAUCUCAUUUUGUCCGAUGAAGACUUAACAUCUGUGGUCCAGAGCAACUGGAAACGUCUCAACACCCUCCAGCACUACAAGGUCCCAGACGGUGCGACGGUAGCUCUGGUUCCUCGGCAUUCCAAACACAUUCACCACGACCACCACGACUAUGUGGCCGGAGAGAAAACGCCCAUGUUGGAGGACGCAGACGAAGGCGGCGUGAGACUGUGGCAUCUGGUGAAGGCCAGCGACGAGCCCGAGCUGCCCAAACAUCGCAGAGGCAGUCUGAGGGAACGGGAGAGGGCCAAGGCCAUCCCGGAGAUCUACCUGACCCGCCUGCUUUCCAUGAAGGGUACCCUGCAAAAACUUGUCGACGAUUUGUUCACGGUCAUCCUCAGCACCAGUCGCCCCGUCCCGCGGGCUGUCAAAUACUUCUUUGACCUGCUUGACGCCCAAGCCGCUCAACACGGCAUCUCGGACCCAGAGACCAUCCACAUUUGGAAGAACAACAGUCUCCCGCUGCGUUUCUGGAUCACCAUCGUGAAGAACCCCCAGUUGAUUUUCGACGUGCAAGCCUCGGACCACGUGGAUGCGGUGCUGUCGGUCAUCGCGCAGACCUUCAUGGACUCCUGCACCAUCGCUGAGCACAAAUUGGGACGGGAUUCGCCCAUCAACAAGCUGCUGUACGCUCGAGACAUCCCCCGUUACAAACAGAUGGUGGAAAGAUACUAUGCUGACGUCAGGCAGACCAUCUCUGCCAGCGACCAGGAUAUGAACUCUACUCUGGCUGAACUCUCAAGGAACUAUUCGGGAGAACUCAACUACUUGGUUGCGCUGCAUGAGCUCUACAAGUACAUCAAUAAGUACUACGACCAGAUAAUCACUGCACUGGAAGAGGACAGCACAGCCCAGAAGAUGCAGCUCGGCUACAGGCUACAGCAGAUUGCCGCCGACGUGGAGAACAAGGUCACAGACUUGUGACGGGAAGCUCCGAGCGGCGCUACCUUGCCGCUUGAACUGAAGAAAGGAACGCCGAAGAGUCUUUCUUACGACUCGACGGAUGACGCAAAAGCGGCAAGAGUUUUGGAAUCCACUCCCCCAUUUUGUACCGAUCGGACAAUUCCCUUCCUGCAAAAAGAAACCCGGGCGGGGCGUAUAAUCCAGACCUGCUGUCAUGGUAAAUGAAUUCAUUGGAAUAGCUUGUCACUGCUGUAUGCUCCAUUUCUUUUCGUGUGUGUCCCGGUCGUCGUCGUGGUGGUGGUUGUUUUUUGUCUUGUUGUCAUUCAUGGUGUACUCUUUAGGUGAUGGAUCCCAGUCCGCAAAGUAGCUGUCGAAAAGCCCUUCUUUGCUCCUUCUGAUUAUUUUGUCUGUCACAAGCUCCAUUCCCAAUUAGCUGUGCGCUUGCCCGACCGAGUGCUCUCUACCUCAACCUGACAAGACGAGACACGCUAUUAUUAUUUCAGCGCACCAGCUUUGAUCAUCGUGUCUGUCGUACUAUUUGUUUCAAAUGUCAAAUUGGUUUUGUGCCAGAGAGCGGGAAUGAAGCCUGCUGGCUCGCUCCAAUGAACGGUUUAAGGUACUGUACUUACAACAUACAUGUCAUUGAGUUUGUUUGACACAUUUUGGGGCUACUGAUUCAAAAAGAUUUUGUUCAAGCGCACAGGUCACUUGGACCGAAAUUGAAACAAACAAAUGUACUGCUGUUUCUUCAUUUAUCUUGUGUGAACAAUUGUCCUUUGAAAUCCUGUCCUAUUUGGAUUUCAUUUCUUCUCAUUGAGCUAAUGUGGAUGAAAUAAUCUUCUUUUCACUUUGUGCCGCUGCAGCUGAGCAAGAGCACGUCGCGGUCGGUCGGUCGGUCGGUCGGUCGGUACCAUGUGCCAUUUUGUGACAGAAUGUGCGUAUAUUAGAUGGAAGGUUCUGAAUCGAAGCUUACGUAUCCACGGCGCUCGCUGCUCGUUGUUGGGUGUCCAUCUCCGCAAUCUAUUUUGCUUUUGAUCGGGCCGCUUUGACGUGGCGACCCUUCGGCAAUGUCUUUAUUAACCAUAACAAGAAAGGUGAGACGAGUGACGCACUCUGCACUCUGUCGGCCGCCCGCCCUUCUGAACGUUGACAUGUGUUCCGUGUUGAAGGCAUAGCAAUAAUGAAGUAGCACUAGAUGCAGCGUCUAAUCCGCAUUGGUUUUCAAAAGCGUUUUACCGUGCCGAGUGUUCAAAGAGCCACCAGGUGAUUUGCAGAAGCGGCCAAUGCCUCAUGUUCUGUUUGAAUAAUAAUAAUCAAGUCUGUUUCCAUUGGGAGUGGUAAUGAUGCCAACUAAAUUUGGAGAUGUAGAGCAGGCUCUGCAAGGAGCAAUUCUAAAGCUGUUUCUAAUUUUGUCUGUUCAUAUCGUUGUACAUAAUCUUUGAAAUGUUACUGUAGUGAUUGAAUCUGUUCAUUGAGAGCCAGUUGAAAUUUGUAGAGAUGCCGAAGUAAUAAAAUAGACUUCAUUUUUC